AUGUACAUCCGGCUGGUCAUAGAAGUGCAGCAGUUGUUCGUUGAUUCAGAGACCAUUCCGAAGCUGACACUUACAAUGAUGAAUGGACGCGCGGUCCGUUCUAUGCUCAUUCGGAACUAUCGAGCGGAUAACGGAUCUGUUGAGCAUAUGCCUCGGCCGAUACAAUUCGAUGAAAGUUCCGAGGAGUAUCGCUGUCUAUGCAACUGUUUCCAUGUGAAGAUUGGAGCGUAUCUCAUCGGAGCUGUUCAUGUUUUUAUGAUUUUAUUCUUCCUUAUUCAUUCCCUUCUUGUCUACUUUCAACACAGUGGAAGAUUACAGGACGCGCGAGGAGUGAAAGAGAAUUAUGUAUUCGCGUCUUUUCUUGUUGAAAUGAUAGGAUUAGCCGUUGGAUCUCUCGCCGUUUUUUUUCUUUUUGUUGGUCUCUCGAAAAAUCGAGCGUUGUUGCUCGUUCCUCAUUUGGCUGUUCAGGUUGCAGCAGUUAUUUCUUUUGCGUUAGUGUUGGUUAGCGGGAUGAUAGCUAUUACGACUGACUCAGCUGUUUUCUACCGUCUCAUAAAUGCUGCUCCAUUUAUGGAACAUCCAAGCCACAAUACUGUGGCUCUAGACACAGGCACGAUGAUACGCAUCUAUUCAAUUCUCGUGGUGUAUGCUGUAUCGCUUAUAUUAGAGUUUUGGUUCGUUACUGUCGUUUACAACUGCAACCGAUAUCUUGAUGAACGAUGUACCUAUAUGAAGUACUGCCUAGCGUUUAGUACACCGAUGAAAACUCUUUCGGCCAAAUGA